AUGUUAUAGUAUAAUACACAUAUAUAUGUAUAUGUAUACAUAUGAUGUGAGGUGUGGCAUACUGACUAAUUGUUUUUAUUAAAAUUUGAUUUUUGACAAUUGUAGUAAUUGCAGAAUUACUAAAAAAUUAUUAAUUAAUAUUCCCAUUGAUAAUAAUAAUUAAUAAUAAAUAUAAAAAAUGGGGUCGCAAAAUAAUCAGGACUAUCACCGAGCGUCAAAUGCAAUGGUAUUUGGGGGAUUAAUAACUUACGCAGCAGGUGUUUUGCUCGUUAUGUCAUUCACCAGUCCGUACUGGCUCCAGUCAUACCAAGAAACCUUCAGCGAUUUUAAACACAUGGGAUUAUGGGAAUAUUGCUUCAAAGAUUUUCGUUUUCCAUACAAUCAAUUGGACACCCUCUUCAAUGGGUGUCAUCACAUAUUUUCAAACGACUUUUUUAUGAUACGAGAAUGGCUAGUUCCGUUUUGGCUCAUGUCUGUACAGUUUUUCGUAACUGUUGCACUUUUAUUAUCAUUUUUUGGCCAAACGAUCAUAGCUCUAGUUUUAGUUCGUUGGCCUCUGAGAUUCGUUCUCAGAUACGAGUGGAUAUUAUCUUCUACUGCAUUUAUUUGUGAUUUAAUAGCUGGAACUUUCCUGUUUCUGGCAGUCGCAAUUUUCGGAGGUCAAUGUUGGCGCCGUGAUUGGUUACUUUACCCGAACUUCAAUUACUUAUCAUGGUCAUACGGACUCGCAGUAAUUUCAUUCAUGUUCCACAUCAUUGGGGCAUUUUUCCUCUACCUCGAUGCCCGUGCCGGUUACAAACUACGCAAGCAAUCGCGUAAUUUAGUCGUGCAAAUGCAACCAAACCCUCAAAGCCACCAUGGCUCACAUCAUGGCUCCCACUUUGGGUCACAGCACAGUUCCCAUCACCGCAUGGGAGGAUUUGUAUAAAAUAUAUCUAUAUAACUUAUUAAUUACUCUGUAAUCGAAGCCGUCCAUAUUUUGUACUAUUAAUUCGCGCCACGAGUGUUAAUUUUAAAUAAGAACACCGAUAUUUUAGUACACACUUUUUUAUACUUAUAAUAAUUAUUGCUAUUAUUAAUUAUUAAAAUAAUGUAAAGUUGUAAUUUAUAAGGUAUUAUAAAUCUCGUAAAUUAUUUUCGAGUAUAUAAUAGCUAUUGCAUGUUUUUAAAAUAAAUAUAUAUGCAAUGAGAAUA